UCACAAUCGAGAGGAUCAUUUCGUGUUAACACAAUGAUCGCGGCAGUUCUACUGGCAAUCAUCUCCACGAUCCCACUUCUUCCAGCUCAUUCCAAUAACGCCCUGUAUCAGUGUGGAAUUCGCAAACGUUUCGGUGUUCAGCUGGUCCACCAAGGAUGGAUAGCCGAGUUGGGACAAUGGCCGUGGCAUGUGGCCCUGUUCCAUCGCAAUUCCGCUGGCAGCUGGUACCGAUGUGGUGGGACUUUGGUGGAUGAACGCCACGUUCUAACCUCGGCACACUGUGUCAUUCGAUCCAAUGGGUAUCCGAUGAGACCGGUUGAACUGUCGGUGCAUAUUGGGCAGCAUGAUCUACGGAAGCUACCGGAGCAUGUCCAAGUGAUGAAUGUCAGUGUAGUGCACGUACAUCCUGAGUUCGAACUCAAUCGGAAUGAUAUUGCUUUGCUGGUGCUGAGUUCGGAGGUGAAAUAUUCUGAUUACGUGAUUCCGAUAUGUUUGGAUGCAGGGGCUGGCGACGAUGUGAGAACGUUGGAAGGGAAUCGAGGUUGGGUUACCGGAUGGGGCCAGUUGAAAAAUGGAACACUUCCUCGUUUACUGCGUACGGCACAGAUGCCGGUGGUGAGUCAUCUGCAGUGUGUCGAAGCUGAUCCGCAGCUGUUUGGACGAUUCUUGAACCAAGGGGUGUUCUGUGCGGGUGAUCGGAAUGGUACUAGUGUCUGCAAAGGAGACAGCGGAGGGGGAAUGUACUUCAGCGAAGGGGAUCGAUUCGUGCUGAAGGGGAUCGUUUCCUUUUCCGGAAUGGACGAAAAUAGUAGAUGCGACACCUCGAAGUUUAUCGUCUUCGCCAAUGUUGGUUACUAUCUUCCUUGGAUUAAAAACUUGACUCGAACGGAUGGUGAAAUUGUGAAAUUAGUUAGUAAACGAAUCAGUGAAAAACAAUGCGACUAUUAUAAGAGCAUUGCGAAAAAGCGAAGUAAUGGCAAUUGCAACAAUUCAAGAAGCCCGCAUUUGGUGACCAUCAUUUUCGAAUUGAUGCCAACGUCUGCAUGUUCCGGGAUCCUCGUAAGUGAGAAUUAUGUGCUGUUUCCGUGUCAUUGUCGUGAUUUCAAACCGGAGAUAGUUUUAUCACAUGAACGUGGAGAAUAUAAAAUUAGUAGCAUAACGUGUCAUCCUGAGUAUGUCGGUAUGUCUUACCACGAUCUAGCACUGAUCGAACUGGCCCGUUCAGUUAAACUUUCCAACUCAGUUGUCCCAGCAUGUUUGGCCAGUAAUUGGACAGAGAAUCUGUACGAUACGUUGCUUGUGGUGGGACACACCAAUGAUCGUGUAAGACAAGAAAUAUUCGAGACCGUGUUGGUACGAGCAGUCGACAAAGGGCACUGCAAUCGAUUGAAAUAUUACUGGAGAAUCCAUGAUGGAGUAUCAGAUGGGGAAAUAUGUGUGCUGAAUUACGAUGAUGACAUAAGAAUAAGCUAUCGGCUUCCGGGAGCAGCUUUGCAAACUAUGAGUACCCGUACCUGCAUGUUCAACCUGGUGGGUGUUCAAACUAAAACUUCCGCGGGUUUUGCAAUUGGAACGGGUCAAUUUUUCCUGUUCGCUCGAGUGGCACAUCAUUUGGAUUGGUUGGAGAAUGUGAUCUGGGAAUAUAGGAUUGAAUAUGAGAAUGGUCCGAACGAAAUUUCAACGACAACUACUACUGAUUUCCACGACGAAGGAGGUACGACUGUUGGAAGCAUCUCCGAAUCUAUGACCGAUUCCAAGCCAACGACUGAGCGAAUAUUCACGAAUAGAGAAUUCGUCUUUCCAGACCAUCCUUUUCUCAACCAGCCCACGGCAAAAAGAACUCAUAAAUAAUUUGUGAAGGCUCUUCACCCUCUGUUUUCUAGUCGUAGAUUUGGGACAACUCAGUAAGAUUCGAAAUGAUUUUUACCCUGUAGUGAUUAAAGUUCAGACAUGUGGUAUGUAAUUAAAAAUGAAAAUUCCGGGUACUAACUGGUGUCCAUUUGAGAACAUCCUUUGUUAGCGGAAGUAUGACCGACGACUCAGCGAAAAUUUGUUUGUUGAUCGAUACAAAAUACAUACAUCUAAUACAACCGACCCAGGAUGGUCUACUUUUGGACUAAAGAUAAGCCAUUUAACAUCAUCGAUAUAUGCGUGGUCUAACUAAGCAACAAUCGGCCGUAUACGAAUAAGUAUCUUGCCUACGUACCCGCCCGGGAAGUAGAGAUUGAUGGUGUAAUCUCCGAUAGGGGCCUUAAUUGUGAAGUAGGGGAUUGGCUUCUUCAUGAACCAUCAGUGAAAUGUCUGGUUUACAAGCAAAUUUGCCAAUAAAUAAUACUCAACUGCACCAUUUGAUCGUGCAUGAUAAUUUGGGUUUAACAUUUCGAAUUCUUCUGAUUAGCGUAGA